CAACAACUUCCAAGCCCUAGAACACCGCGGCGCGUGCGCGAUCGCGGACGACGGGAAACCAGACCGAGCGGCGCGGACGAGAUCGAGCGACCGACCGAUGAUGGCACCGGAGCCGGCCGUUCUACCCGACGACGCCCUCGCGGAGGUCCUCCGGCGCCUCGCGCCGCACGUCCUGGCCGCGGCCCGGCGAGUCUGCAAGGCGUGGCGCGACACCGUCGACGCCUGCCUGCGCGGCAGCCUGCUCUCGCGCUCGGUGCGCGGCAUCUUCAUCAACUUCACCCAGCAUAGCUGCUUCUCCGAGUUCUUCUCCCGCCCCUCCACGGGCCCGGCGAUCUGCGGGGGGCUCGACUUCCUGCCCUGCAUGGGCGUCCAGGUCACGGGCCAUUGCAACGGGCUCCUGCUCUGUGGCGAACGGAUGAACGAGGACCGUGCGCUGCCGCGCGAGUACGUCGUCAAUCCGGCGACGCGUCGGUGGGCACGUCUGCCCCGACGCCCUCCGCCGCACAUGCCGGGAUUCGACCAGACCGCCUACCUCGCGUUCGAUCCCGCAGUGUCGACGCACUACCAGGUCUUUCUGAUCCCACGCCUGCCAGCGGCCGGCGAAACGGACGACGACGACGACGAGUCGGAGUGGCCUCCCGCGUCAUACGUGAUGCAUGUGUUCUCUUCGGUGACACAACGAUGGGACGAGACGACCUUCCUUCGGGAAGGGGAGGCUGCAGGGAUCGUCGGCAACAUGGAUUCAGAUUUGUGGUAUAAUCGGCAUCGUUAUCAUGCCGUCUACUGGCAAAGCACGCUCUACAUUCAUUGCCAGCAUGGCUAUCUUGCGAGGAUGUCCUUAUCAGAUCUCACGUAUACAGUAAUCAAGCUACCAGGUGCCUGUGAAUUGAGAGGUUAUCCCAACCACCAUCUGGGGAGAUCACUUGGAGGGGUGUAUUGUGCGAUACAUGAUGGCUGGAAUCAACUUCAGUUUUGGUAUCUCAAUGAAUCGUGCGGUCAAAUUGAAUGGGUGUUAAAACAUGAUACCUUUCUUGGAAAGGCCUUUGAACGUGAGGACUAUGCUCGACAACUGGCCAAACGAUGGAUCUUGCAGGAUGUUAACUACCGCAAGUGGUCCUCCAAAUACCCUGAGGACGCUGCUUACACAAGACAUGCAAAUUACAAAGCGCCGGUGGAAGAGAAAUAUGAUUGGAACUCCGACGAGGAUAACGUUCUUGACAUUGAAGAUGAUGUUCAAGGGGGGUGCCGUGACAACUAUUAUUUCCUUGGGUUUCAUCCUUGUAAAGAGGUUGUCUUCUUGAUUUCAUCAGGGAUAUCAGCCAGGGGACUGGCCUAUGACUGGAACAACUCGAAAUUCCAGGAUUUGGGCACUUCAUGUCUGGCAGACUACGAUCCCUUCAACGGACGACCAUGCGGACAGACGGACUCAUCUUUCCCAUACACGCCUUGUUGGAUGGGCGAGUUUGCUGGUAACGAAUUAGAAUCUCUACUUGAAGAUGAGAAACUAUAUAGAAAAAAGUUGGAACAGAAAUCUCAACGUAAAGAGAAAGCCACCUUUACCUUUAUGGACGAGUACGAUUUGCGCAAGCAUCGUGGGCACACCAAGAGAGUCAAGGACUCUAACGCCAAGAAUCGCCGUAGACGCCGCAUGGCGGCUUGGUAAGAACCAACCUUGACCGACUUGAAGUUCACCGUGAUUCGCCGGGGUAACCAAGUUCGAGCUUCGUAAGGCCACAGCGGAGCUAGUAACUACCAUUGCCAGAUCCAAGCUGCUUGAAUAAGUCAAAGUACCUACAUUCUCAGUAGGAAUUAUUCGAAGCUGUUUUUUUCCUUCGGUGUGUGGAUCCAGACUCGUCAGCUAUUGAAGGGCUUUGGCACUGUAAAAUUGCUUGACUGUUACGAUACACAAAUAAAACCUCAUUUGCCGCUGAAGUUAGUGGGAUAUUUUGUAAUAUAAAUAGUUCCUUCUAGUAGUAAAAGUGAUUUUGCUAUC